GAAUAACAAAGCAGAGCAGCAUAUGCAAAAAAUUGAUUCUCUUGAGAAAUCAUUGAAUAAUCCGCCACACUAUUUUCUUUUAACGGGAUCUGCCCUAUGGUCACCUACCCACAUCACCUUCCUAAUUUUUGUAGCUACUUCUGAGAUAUUUUAUAAGGAACAAAUCGAGGAAACAGAGUUUUAUACUGUACCAAGAGCACCCCAGUAGGAAAAGGUCUUGACUUUCUUUCUGUCUCUCAGAAUUCGGAUUUUGGGUAAGGAAACAUGGGAUCGAUCGCAAAGCAAGGAAUGAAGAAGUUCAUGUUGCAACUUCAGCAACAUCCCCUGAGAACAAAGGCGAUUAUGGCAGCUGCGGUAUCAGCAAUCAGUGACAUAGUUUCACAGAAGCUCUCUGGCAUACAGAAACUUCAACUGAGACGUGUGCUACUCAAAGUGAUUUUAGGUUUUGCUUAUCUUGGACCUUUCGGGCAUUUCCUGCAUAUGCAACUGGAGAAAAUUUUCAAGGGGAAGAAGGACACUAAAACAGUAGCCAAGAAGGUUUUUGUGGAGCAAAUCACAUCUGCUCCUUUGAACAACCUGCUUUUCAUGAUUUACCUGGGUGCGGUUAUUGAGAGAAGGCCUUGGAUGGAUGUGAAAGCUAAAAUCAAGAAGGAAUACCCAACAGUGAUGGUUACAUCAUGGACGUUCUGGCCAGUUGUGGGUUUUAUAAACCAUAUGUACAUGCCGCUGCAGUUCCGUGUAGUUUUCCAGAUUUUUGUGUCAUUUUUCUGGGGAAUAUUUCUGAAUCUGCGAGCGAAAUCAACGAGAUUGACUAACUCAGGGAAGGCCAAAUAAACUAAAGAAAUCAAGGGUAUGACUCAAGUGAUUGAUCGAACUCAUUUUUUUUGGGGCUUGCACCUUGUCCCUAUUGGUGUUGUAUCAUGGAAUAACAUUUAAGUCUUGGAUCUGUUUUCCAUGUACAAUUGAAUUGAUCAAUAAGGUGGUUUGUAUCUACAGUAUUGUUAUCUCGGGUGUGCUGGGGUGCAUGUGAAUCAUGGAUUUAGGAUUUGCUGAAUCUGGUUAUCUUUUGUUCUAUUCA